GAAUAGAAGUUUCCAGAGAGAGUGAGAGAGCGAGAAAGACCGAAUGAGGCAUAGAAGAAACAUCAGAAACAGCCAAACGCAUUUCAUUGAGAAACCGCGGAGUUAUCGUGUUGUUCGGGCGAUUCACGUGUUUUGAAACAAAAACCAGUAGUAAGCGUGUUUGGUGUCAGUGUGAGGCGUUCCCGGAGCUAGUUCUUAUACAGAAACACGACUCAGAGCCAUGGAUAUUGAGGAGCUGAAGAAAGACUUGGCCGAAGUUGACUCGCUGCUGCAGCAAGCCUCGAGGAAGCGAGUGAAGGACGUCCUUUCCGUGGCUCAGCACAAAAUACGCACAGAGAUUGGGAGCCUUGAGGCAAAAGCUAAGCAGGGGCAGGCCACCGCUAGCAGUCCAGCCUCAGCCAGCCCGGGCGGCAGCUCCAAACCUGCUUCAGAGAAGACGUACGUGGUCGACCUCAACGAAUAUGCCUGGGAUCAGAGCGACAAGUUCCUGAAAAUAUUCGCCACCCUCGAUGGGGUCCAGAAACUCACAGAGGCCGACGUUGAGGUCAAGUUUACGCCUACAUCCAUGCUUCUGACUGUCCACAACCUGAACAAUAAGGACUACCGCCUCACCAUCAACAACCUUCUGUUCCCCAUCAACGUCGAGAAGUCUUACCACAGGAUCAAGUCGGACAUGGUCGCCAUCUACAUGAAAAAGGAGACGGAAGCUCAGAAGUGGUCGCACUUGACGCUCACCGAGAAGCGUCUGAACGACAUCAAGGACGCCAAGUUCAAGACAGACAACGACGACCUAAAGGACGACCCCUCGGCUGGCAUCAUGAACAUGAUGAAGAAAAUGUACGAGACCGGCGACCCCGAGAUGAAGCGGAUGAUCGCCAAGGCGUGGACCGAGAACCAGGAGAAGCAGUGGAAGGAGCCCGGCGUCCUGUAAUUGCCAGGGGUGUCUGUGCGGUCGGCACUUAGGUUAAGUCUGCUUCCCUGUGGGUGGCUCUGUUGUAAUAGGAUACGGCGAAUAAAGUUAUUGUAAGGGUA